GCAGUCACAUGACCUCGAUGGCUGGCCACUUUCUGAUCGUCGCUUGUUUUCCUGCAGGACAGAAAAAUGUCGGCGGUGUGUUGAAGUCGCGCUCCAGCCUGGAUCCUGACCACCGGGACUGAAGAGGACAACCAUCCGGGUGAUAGCACCUCCGACCAGCGUGUCUCCUACACCGCGUUCACCUGACAUCUUUCUUUGCAGAGACAUGGUCGCCGGAGGAGGGGCGGGUAGCUAGCUCAGAGGAUAACACCCCCCACCCCCCUUCCCUAACACCGCCCGGCUGUCGUUUUCCGCCAACAAAACAAACCCGUCGUCUGAUUGAAGACGAUUGAUUUGGUUUCGGCCCUUCUUCUAUUCACUGUAAGCGGUGGCUGCUUCGCGUUAGCUCGGAUUUCUCAGCCCCGCGGCCGUCAUCAUGUCCAAGUACACCAGCUUCCCAGACGCGGCCGAGGACCACAACCCAUUCCAGGACCCUGCAGUGACUCAACACAGCAGCAACACAGGAUACGCCACACUGGACCUGUACAACCCAUUUGACAACACGACUACUGGACCUCCGCCACCGUAUGAGGCCACUUCCCCCACUGCUGCACCUGUGCCUGCGCAGACCCCACCCAGCAGGACAACGCCCACUGAGCCACGCAACUAUGGCUCCUACACCUCCCAGACUGCGGUGAAUGCCACCACGGCCGAGCUGCUGAGGAAGCAGGAGGAGCUGGAGAAGAAAGCCCAGGAGCUGGAGAGGAGGGAGCGGGAGCUGGAGUCCCACAGCCUGGGACCCGGAGCUUCCCGUCAGAAUAACUGGCCCCCGCUGCCCUCCUUCUGCCCCGUGGGCCCCUGCUUUUACCAGGACAUCAACGUGGAGAUCACCCAGCGUUUCCAGCGCACUGUCACCAUCAUGUACUACUUCUGGAUGUUCUCCGCUUGCACGCUGGUCUUCAACCUGAUCUCCUCCCUGGCCAUGUUCUGCGUGGACCCCUCUGGCGGUGUGGGCCUGGGCCUCGCCAUCCUGUGGGGGCUCCUCUUCACCCCCUGCUCCUUCGUCUGUUGGUACCGGCCUAUGUACAAGGCCUUCAGGAGUGACAGCUCCUUCAACUUCUUCCUCUUCUUCUUCGUUUUCUUUGCCCAAGUGGUCACCUCUGUCGUGAUGACUAUCGGCAUCCCAGGAUGGGGUUUCAGCGGGUGGAUCGUGAGUCUGGCUGCUCUGAAUACCAGUGUCCCCGUCGGAGUGAUCAUGAUGAUAAAUGCCAUCUGCUUUACUGCCCAAGCCGCCAUGGGGGUCGUCAUGCUGAAGAAGGUCCACAGCCUGUACAGGCAGACCGAUGCCAGCUUCGUAAAGGCCCAGGCUGAGUUCGCCACCGGAGUCAUGUCCAAUCAGGCUGUACGCCAGGCCGCCACCACCGCGGCCACCACUGCUGCCCAGGGGGCCUUCACCGCGCCCCGGUAGAGAGGCACAAGAUGGGCCAGGAGAGGGAGAAGGUGGAGGAACAGUUCGGUAUUAAUUUCCCCACCGAUGAUUAGAAUUUGAUUGGGGGGGAGGGGACACCUAAACUUUAGGGCACUUGCAUGAGACAGAGGUGGGGAUGUCUAACUUCAAAAUACAGUCAUUUACAUGUACAGGACAAGUUAGCUAUAUUGCCAAAACAUGAGUCAGCAUAUCACAAAUGUUGAUCGAAGGAAAAAGAAAAAUGAUGUGAAAACGGUGAGACGUCGAUGCUGUAAGAAACCCUGUGUCACUGACAGGGCCGGGUCUAGGCAGGGGCAAGAGGGGGCCUGGCCCCCUCAAAUAAAUGUUGUGCCCCCUCAAACUAAAUAGGGUUAGGGUUAGGGUUAGGCACAAUGCCCCCUCAAGAUUUGUGGCUGCCCCCUCAUACAUGCCUGUCUAGACCCGGCCCUGGUCACUGAAUGCUUUUUAUAUGAAGACGACGAGCUGCGUGUGCCAAGUGGGAUAGUACUAACGUGCAUAUGUCCAAAAUCUAAAUGACCUGGAUGUACAUUGUGUUUACGAGGAGUCAUGUUUCACGACAGAUGUGAGAGUCGGAGCUGAACACUGAAGCGCUGCCAGUCUAACACGUGAUCCAUAUCUGAGCGGCUCAGCUUCGGCCGUCCCUACUUUCUGUUGCUUCACUGUAAAAACUAACACGUUGUUUUUGUUGUUGUUCCUAUUGAGAAUGCCUAUUUGCCGUGUUUGCCAAAAACCUCUCAUACUAUCAGGUUAUGAACAUGCGUUGUUUUUGGUUACGUUAUAUACUGUACCUGUCACUGGUCUGUUUGUGCAACUUGUGGUUCUUAUGAUUAUAUAUAAUUCACUGUCUUGGUUUAAUAAAAAAAUGAAUUGUCUUGCUUAUACAGUCA